UUGCAAGGCGAAACAAACAACCCGUCCUCAGAUGUUCGCGCCCGAGACUUGGAAGGCCCUGUGCGACAGAAACACAGACACACAGACGCAGGGAUGUCCAACACGAUGGCGUGGCUGUUGGCGCUGUGUCUGGCGGCGGUCCACUGCGCUCGGGCCGACACGGACGGACAGCUGUUGCUGGACACGCUGACCAACCUGGCGAAGAUGACGCCGCAGUCGCAUAGGACCAGGGAAGCUUCGGGUUGCAGCUCGCAGGGCCAGGGCUGGCGCGACCCGGCGCUCACCAUGACCCUGUCCCAGGCCACACUGGGGGACAUCAACGACUUCCUGGCGCACUCGCUGGGCGCGCCCUUCGACCUGCUGGGGCUCAGCGUGCCUCGCCUCGACCCCCUCGUCGUCGAGAAGUUCGACGUCGACACGCAGGACGACCUCCUGGGCAGGGUGGUGAUCCACGUGAAGGGCAUCACGAUCGCGGACCUGUCCACCGUCGAGCUGAGCUCCGUGAAGCUGAACGUGCUGCAGCCGCCGCUCAACUUGCAGCUCGCGCUGUCCGCGGGGGACGUGCACGUCAAGUCGGGCGACUACUACCUCAACUGCAGCAUCGCCAACUCCUUCUCCUUCACCGGCCGCGGCGCCAUGUGGUUCCAAGCAUACGGCAUAAAGCUGUUCGCUGACAUCGAUCUGAAGGAGAUCUCUCUGUCCUCUUUGCACAUCAAUGAAUUGGUUCUCAGCAUCGAGAGAUUUGAGAGCUACUUCGAGGACCUGAUGUUCGGCGGCGAGACGGGCUCGCUCGUCAACUCCGUGCUGGACGGCCUCGUGCCGCGCCUGGCCCAGGCCCUCGCCGACGCAGUCAAGCAGCUGGUGAACCAGGGGGGCGGCCAGGGGGGCAACUCCACCGCCACGUCGACCGCCGUCUGAGGCCCGCCCUGCCAGCAGCUCGUGCCGUCAUACUUGUGAACUCACGCAUGUUUGUACAUGUCCGCACUUGCAAGUACAACAAAGAAAUAUGUUCACAGUA